UGUGUGUGAAUGUGGAGCACCUCCUGCAGAUGCUUUGUUGUGCUGUGUUGGCACUGGUGGCUGUUUCUUUGUGCUCUCUCUCGUGUUAAGAACUUUGUUGGAUUAUGGUGGCAGUGUGUGUAUGUAGAUGUGUAUUUCUCACAAUUGUAUUGCUCAGAAGUGGAAUACAUCUAGUCGAUUCUGUAUCUGUGCUCUUUUGUUUAAGCUGGGGGAGAGAUUCUUUAUUCUGCUUAAUGGGGCUGUGUGUUAUGGCUCUAAACAUAAGCUCUCCACAAGAUAAGUGACAAGAAAGGACUCUGUAGCAUGAAGGUCUGAGCUAGAACUGCCCUUAAGUUAUGCUGGUGUCCUUAUGUGUUUUAUCACCUUCUUGUAUGCAGCCUUGAUGUGAAUGGAUAGCGAGCUAGACUGGGGGAUUGAUGCACGUUAUAACUGUCUCUUCUUUCUGACUGGAUCAGUGUUAUCGCUGGAGAAGCCUGUCACUGUGUCCCAUAAGUGCUGCUGCUGCUGCCUGGUGAAGGAACGGCCCAGAGCUCUCACUAGCCAUUCAGAACCAUGUCUGACAACGGAGAACUGGAAGACAAGCCACCAGCUCCUCCUGUGCGGAUGAGCAGUUAUGGGGGAAAGGAUCCAUUGUCUGCCAACCACAGCUUGAAACCUCUGCCCUCUGUACCAGAGGAGAGAAAACCUAGGAAUAAAAUCAUCUCCAUAUUCUCUAGCACUGAAAAAGGAAGCAAGAAGAAGGAAAAGGAACGACCAGAAAUCUCCCCGCCGUCAGACUUUGAGCAUACUAUCCACGUUGGCUUUGAUGCUGUCACUGGAGAGUUCACUGGAAUGCCAGAGCAAUGGGCUCGGUUGCUACAGACCUCAAAUAUCACCAAGUUAGAACAGAAGAAAAACCCUCAGGCGGUACUAGAUGUGCUGAAGUUCUACGACUCCAAAGACACAGCAAAACAGAAAUAUCUGAGCUUUUCUGCUCCAGAAAAAGAUGGAUUCCCUUCAGGAACACCAACGACCAAUGCCAAAGGUUCAGAGCCAUCAACAGCUGUGGCAGAUGAUGAUGACGACGAUGAAGAAGCACCUCCUCCUAUUAUUGCUCCGCGGCCAGAUCACACAAAAUCGAUUUAUACACGAUCUGUAAUUGACCCCAUCCCUGCACCAGCUGGUGACGCUUCUGUUGAUGGUGGGACAAAGUCAAGUGAUAAGCAGAAAAAGAAGACCAAAAUGUCAGAUGAAGAGAUCAUGGAAAAACUACGUACUAUUGUGAGCAUAGGUGAUCCCAAGAAAAAAUACACCAGAUAUGAAAAAAUUGGGCAGGGGGCUUCAGGUACAGUUUUUACAGCUAUCGAUGUGGCUACUGGGCAGGAGGUUGCUAUCAAACAGAUAAACUUGCAGAAACAGCCCAAGAAGGAGCUGAUUAUUAAUGAGAUCUUGGUAAUGAAAGAGCUGAAGAACCCCAACAUAGUCAACUUCCUGGACAGUUACCUCGUAGGAGAUGAACUGUUUGUGGUGAUGGAGUAUCUAGCUGGAGGCUCACUAACAGAUGUGGUCACGGAAACAUGUAUGGAUGAAGCACAAAUUGCUGCUGUUUGCAGAGAGUGCUUGCAAGCACUUGAGUUCCUCCAUGCCAACCAGGUCAUCCACAGAGAUAUAAAGAGCGACAAUGUGCUGCUAGGAAUGGAUGGAUCAGUUAAACUAACCGACUUUGGUUUCUGUGCUCAGAUCACCCCAGAGCAGAGCAAGCGCAGCACUAUGGUUGGAACUCCUUACUGGAUGGCUCCUGAAGUCGUCACACGGAAAGCCUAUGGCCCUAAAGUGGAUAUCUGGUCUCUAGGCAUCAUGGCUAUUGAGAUGGUGGAAGGAGAACCCCCGUACCUCAAUGAAAACCCCCUGAGGGCGUUAUAUUUGAUAGCAACUAACGGCACACCAGAGCUUCAGAACCCUGAGAAACUGUCCCCAAUAUUCAGGGAUUUCUUAAACCGAUGUUUGGAGAUGGAUGUUGAGAAAAGAGGAUCAGCCAAAGAAUUGCUACAGCAUCCCUUCUUGAAACUGGCCAAACCUUUGUCUAGCUUGACGCCACUGAUCCUGGCAGCCAAAGAAGCAAUGAAGAGUAACCGCUAACAUUAAUGCCACGGCCUACAUUUGUUUUUGUUAUUAUUAUUUUAUUUUUUUUUUUACAAAUCUUUUUAAUAUAUGAAAUUGUUACACUUCUGGUGGGAGGGAAGAGAUUUGGGGGUGGGGUGGGGGGGGAACAUCUGCAAAAGGGAAGCAGCUCUCAUCCAGAAGACACCUGACAUAAAUUGUGGCGGAUCUAAUGAUCCCUUUCUGGGGUCCAGAAGGAAUUGAGGACUGAAAUACUGGCUUUUUUUCUUUUUUUUUUUUUUCCUAUAUAUAUUUUUUUUUCUUCCUCCAGACAGCCCAGAAAUGCCACUUAGCAUGCCCAGGGUUUUAAGGGCUUUAUUGACUUUACUAUUACAACUCCCAUUCACUGUACCCUUGUGGGUGCUUUUAGUACUUGAAUGACCGAUUCAGGCUUUCAGAGAGCAGCACUAAUUUUACCAGCUGAUCUCUUUCAUUCUCCUCUUCCUCCCCUCUAUCUGUAAUCCGCUUUAGUAAGCUCCCAAAUUACAAGAUUCAUGGCAAGUGUGACAAAUGUGAUGGUACAUCUUGCCCUUUCUUCCUUAUACAGAUUAGCUGUCACUCAACUGUUUAAUUAACAACGUGGCUACAUAAGAAAUCACAAUGCGAGAGAUUUAUUUUGCUUUCUAAGUCAUGUAUGGAGAGAGGGGGAAGAGAAGUAUUCAGAUGCUUUUCAUAUGCCUGUGCUCUGUGGACUGUUAAUCAAAGAUGUGGCUACUCUGUAGAAACCUUAUGAUAGAUCAAGUCUUUGGAUGUCAGUUUAUGGCUAUGUAGGUAAGGGUCAGAUAGUUUAUUUAUGAUCAAAUGAUCAGCUAUAGUCAGGGCAAGAAAACGAUUCCAGCUGUCUUCCUGUGUGUUCUUUUUCCCAUUAGACUUGCUGGCCAGAAGCUUAAAGGGGUAUUUUGCUUGGUGUGGUGGGUGGUUCAAAAACAUGUAUUGUAUCUGUGCUCUGACUUGGGCUUUGGAAGUUAUGCUGGUGCCUUUGACUUUUUAUUUUACAUUUCCUUUCUUGUAUCAAAUACGUUUUUUGUAUAUGUUGUAAUUUUUUUUUUUCCCCAAGCAAGUAAUGCAUCAACUUAUGGAGUUGUCAGAAUUUAAGUAUUAGAGCUAUUUUUUUUCCAGUUUUGUAUGUGCUCCGUUUGUAUUAAUGAAACCGAAACAAGUCAUCAGAUCUGAGGACACUGCAGAUGCAGGACUUCUCGAACAGAGGGUUAUAAACACCUGGAUCUGCCAGAGUGCUGUUCUGAGAAUAUGGAGGAGGCUGAGAAUGGAGAACAGUGCCUUCAGACAUCCACGGGGCUUAUUUAACUGGCUGGUUGGAAACUGAAGAGACUUGAUGCAUCAUCACACUGACCCUUUCUCACUGCAGACAACACCAGCCAGAACGGCUGAAGUUGAACAUUCAAUGCAAGAAAAAGUGCCUCCCUCUGAGGGACAGUGAGCGCCUUCAGCGAAUGAUUUCUUGGUGUGUUAAUGGGGCAAGCAUAAAAGACCCUGUGCCCCCGGCUUCUUUUAGUGCUACAGUCUAUGCAUUUCAACUUCCCAAACAGUUUAAUGAAGAACUAACUGUAGUUACAAUGUGCCAAAUGAUUCUGUGAAUGAAUAACUGUUACUUUACUGGGAUUUUAUCACUUUUGUAGUGGGCAGGACCUGGGAUGGAUAGGGUUAUUGCUGGGUAUUAACAGAGGACCCUGAAUAAACUUGAUGCACACCUUUACAAGCGUUGCUGGCAGAAGGUAGAAGUCAUUUUCAGCUAAUUUGUACAGUGAUAGAAAAAAUUAAGUCUUGGGGACUGGUAGCCAAGCUAUGACAAAACUCAGAGCUGAGAGCAGCCAGCCAGAGCUGCUGGGCCUGUGUCGGUGAGGGAAGGUGAGCAGCUCUACGAUCCCAAAAUGUUGGCUGGGACUCACCAGCUUUGUGCCAACCAGGUGCCUUACUGUGCAGGGAUCUGCAGUGCCGCCGCCACUCAGUUUGUGUUCUGCUCUUGCGUGGUAGGAACCCAAGUACAGUACGUUAACUGCACCGUCAGAGGGCAAAGCCUCUCUAGCUGUAUGUGUGAGAAUAGCUGUGGUUUUAAGGUCAAGAUAGUGUCUCAUUCCAGGCAGAUAAAUCCAGAUGCACUUCCCAGGCAAAGUGUAUUGCAGGCCAUGGACGCUGUAAACACUAGAAUGGCAUUGCUCUUGGUUUGAAUGUGUCUGGCUUCCUGAUCAGUGAAGUAGCAAGGAAGCUUGGCUAAGGAAAAAAACCUGUCUUAUCGAUGAUUCCCUCUUUGUCCAUUGCUGGCAAUGGACUUUGUGAAACUCCUUGUGCCAGAGUUAAGGUGGGAGCUUUUCUUUCUUUUUUGUUUUCUUUUUUAAUCUUUAUUUUUGUUUCGGUGGCACAGUCUAGAUAGACAGUAAGAUAAGUAUAACUUGUGAUAAAUUUAGAAGUUUUUAUUAGAAAAAAAAAAAAAGCAAACCAUGAAAUCAUAAGUAAUUUUAACUUAUUAGCUCACUUUUAUUGAUUAUGAGAACGGUUUUAAACUUGUUAUUAUGAAACUUGUCCAAUUUAGUCUACUUAGGAGGUGGUUUCCAAGCUUACAGUCAUCCUAGCAAACAAGACUUAGCCCAGCCCCGGAGUUACAAAACAUAUCUUGAUGCUUGCUGGAAUGGUGUUAGCUCUGAGUUGAGGAGUGCUGCAAGGUGGGGUCAGAGAUGAGCUGGGAGCAGCUGAGCUGGCAGAAGGGGAGAGCCAUGAGGGGGUUGCUGUACUCUGCUUUUGUGUCUCUGGGGGUUUCUCUGCCAAUGUCAGCUGCACGUCUGCAAAACAUAGAUGUGAGCCAUGGGCUGCUCAGCUUGGCUAAGGCAGACAAACAGAACGGCCCGAGUUGGAGUAGAUGCUGAAAAGGAAGAGUUUGCUUUGGAAAGUGCUGGGGUUCCCACAUGUCUCUUUCUCUUGGGUGCCAGCUUAGGAUCCCAGAUUGGCCCGUAAUCCAAUCUGUGUGUGAUGUGUGUGGGAUGCCGUGUACAUUGGGGUGACUGGCUGGGCGUACAGAGCUGUGCAGCUCGUGGCUGGGAUACACGUGUGCAGGAGAUGUGCAACUCUUGGGAUCUCUGUUACAGUCGAACAAAGCAGGUUGCUCAUGGGAAGCAGCCGUGGUGCUGGGAGCGUGUGCUUUGAUGUAAGGCAGCUCCUGUGCUGGAGGGUGGCUGGGGGACCCAGAAAGCUGAUCAAGUCUCUCCAGCUGAAUUUGUGUCUCUGGUCCGUUUUCCCUCUGUCCCUCACGCUAUCAGUGGAAAUGGAAGUGAGUGCAAGCUUUCUCUUUUAUUUUUUUAACCGUCUUCAGAUUUUAAUGUUGCCUUUUGUGUAAUUUAAUCCCAUUAUGUUAUUUAAUUGUUACUGCAAUAUUAACUACUGUAUUUGUUGACUUUGUUUAAUAACUGUUCUUUCAGGGCUAGAAAUAAACUUCUAAAAAAAAA